CAAAGCAUACUUGAGUGAGGGGGAAUGGAAUAAAGAGUAGAUGCUAACGAUUUCACGAAUAUUGUAUUCACGGCAACUCAAUGGAAUAACGAACAGCAGCCAACGAGUUCACGAAUAUUUUUUAUUCACGGCAACUCUACGGUCCACUGAGUCGAAUGAUCCUCCAUUUGGGUCUCGUCAGAUAUUCAAAACCCCCCUGUGCUUCCUUUCUUCAAAAUUAAGAGCCCUAACUUCGUACUUCCUCAUGAAAUCCGGACCAAAUCUGCGAUCCUGAAUCCUCAUAAUUAUCCAUAUAAAUGGUAUUGUUUGUACAAAAUUUCCUUUUUCUUAUUGACUAUAUUUUCUUCAAAUUUCUGUAACUGUGGAACUGACUAAAUGUGCAAAAUCUAUUGAUCUUCUACUUUAAUAUUGUCUAUUGUUCAAGAAAGAUGGGUGUGGGUAUAACUAUGCUUAUAGGCUUAGAGGCAGCUACUUUAUUCAUGGGUUUUACAUAUCUAAGAAAUCGUGGUUUCAUGUUGCCAGGAAUUCCAGUUUUAUAUGCAUCUUUGGUGUCUUUCUUGGUUGCAAUUGCUGCACAUCCAUCCAUUAAUCUGCCAAUACUUUUGGGGAAAGGAACAGAUGGGAGAUUUCCCAUUUGGUCCUUAAUUAUGUUCAGUCCAUAUCUAUAUUUUGUUAGACUAUUUUCAGCUUUGAGGAGGUUGAGAAGUGGAGAGGCUCCGUAUAGUGAGAUUUCAGAAGGAUUAUAUGUUGGAGGGUGGCCUUAUUCGCUCGACAAAUUGCCACCUGGUAAUCCAGCCAUUAUCGACUGCACUUGUGAGUUUCCGAGGAUAAUGGAGCUUUCGGGACAUGCUUAUUUUUGCAUUCCUACAUGGGACACGCGAUCACCUCAGCCAGCUGAGAUUGAGUCUGCUGUGAAGUGGGCUUGUAGAAAGAGAGCUCAGAAGAUACCGGUAUUUGUCCACUGCGCAUAUGGUCAUGGCCGAAGUGUUGCAGUGAUGUGUGCACUGCUCGUAGCUCUUGGCCUGGCAGAAGAUUGGAAAAAUGCUGAAAAGUUAAUCCAAGAAAGAAGGCCUUGUAUUCAAAUGAAUGCUCUGCAUAGUAAAGCCUUGGAAGAAUGGUCGAAACACCGAUUAUCUUCUCCAGCCAAACACAAGAAGUUGGUGUAAGUUCUAUAAUUUUAUCGUGAUUUCUGGAUGUUGUCAACAAAUAUCGUUGGAAGACUCGAUGUUUGACUUUGUUCGCCUCAACCUGUAUUUCAACUACUAAUUAUUAUUCGAAAAGAUAUUUACAA